AUGUCAUGUACAUGGCCAGCGCCUCGUCGGUACGAAACUUGCGCAACCGCAGCCCGUCCUGUCCAAGGCAUCAAGCAACGCCAUUUGCCGCCAUUUGCCAAACCUGUUGGCCUGCUGGGUCGGCUGACAGUCAAUGUCUCGGUCAUCUACGACGCAGCCGAGUCCCGGACGAAAAUGGUUCCAGCUCUGCGGAUAUCGGUCAAGGGAUGUUCUCUUCUCCAUCACGAACCCCAUGAGGAAGUAGCCUGCGCUCAUCCCGCCUCGUUUCCCUAG